AUGGCUAUCUCUUCCUUCGCGGAACCCGAGGAGGCUCCGUUGCCCACAAAGCGAUUACGAUGGGCGACACAGAGAGUAAAGGGAAAAACCGGCAAUCGAAAACGAACGUCAAUAAUUGACCGUUUCCACCACAGGGGUGCACAUAAUGAGAAGAAGCGGGAUUCUGGCGGUGGAGAGUCGGCCGUCACGGAUCUCGGUGGCAUCCAGGAAGAACCAGAAGACGACAAACCCGCGGAUGAUCCAGACCACGAUAGGGACAACCAGGGGCCGAGAAGGGUUAUGUUCAACACGCCCUUGGCACCGCAAGAUGUUGAUGAGCAAGGCCAACCACUCAAGCACUAUCGGAGGAACAAGAUUAGGACCUCCAAGUAUACACCGCUCAGCUUUAUUCCCAAGAAUUUGUGGUAUCAAUUCCACAACAUCGCGAACGUGUACUUCUUGUUCCUUAUUAUUUUAGCUUUUUUCAGCAUCUUCGGCGCAUCAAAUCCAGGACUCAAUGCCGUGCCGUUGAUUGUCAUUGUGGUCGCAACUGCUAUAAAGGACGCCAUUGAGGAUUAUAGACGGACAGUCCUCGACAAUGAGCUUAACAACUCCCCGGUCCACCGAUUGGUCGAUUGGAACAACGUCAAUGUCAGCGCAGAUGACAUCUCGAUGUGGAGGAGGAUUAAAAAGGCUACGACACGCGGUAUUACCUCAACGUGGAGGAAGAUCAGCAAGAGUAAGGAUGGUCCAGCUAAGAAAUAUGCCGAAAGGGCUAUGGACCAGUCCCGCGUGUCAAAUGAAACAAGGAGGACGUCUGUAUUCUCUACACAUACACAGAGGCAGUCUUUUGCAUCUGCACGUGAGGACAUUCAGAUGACACCCGUUCCGUCUCCGUUGCCUCACCAAGAUGGUCUCCAACCCCAAGGCCGCCCUUCGACCUCUCUUUCAUUUGAAGGUCAGGCCCCGCCUAUCUCAAGGGAUUUUGGGAAUGUGAUGAAUCCCAGCCGGCCAGUGACGGGAAACCCCCGAUUCCACCAAGAUUACUGGAAAAAUGUUCAGGUCGGCGAUUUUUUGCGAAUAUAUAAUGACGACCAAAUUCCCGCUGAUGUAGUGAUCUUGUCUACAUCCGACCCAGAUGGUGCUUGUUACGUGGAAACAAAGAACUUGGACGGAGAGACGAAUUUGAAGGUACGCCACGCGCUUCGCAGUGGACGCAAGGUCAAGCAUGCGCGGGACUGCGAGCGGACCGAAUUCAGCAUCGAAAGCGAACCUCCUCAGGCCAACCUUUACCAGUAUAGCGCUGUUGCACGGUGGGAGCAAUAUCCCACCGGGGAGCAGAUGGCCGAACCCAUAACGAUCAAUAACAUGCUUUUGCGAGGCUGCAAUCUGAGGAAUACGGAUUGGGUCCUUGGUGUGGUCGUCUUUACAGGUUUCGAUACUAAGAUCAUGAUGAAUGCCGGAAUCACACCUAGUAAGCGCUCUCGCAUAUCUAGGGAGUUGAAUUGGAACGUUAUCUACAACUUCGUGAUCCUCGUGGGGAUGUGCCUCGUAUCAGCCAUUAUCGAAGGUGUCAUAUGGGGGGAGGGAACCAAUACCAUCGCCUGGUUCGAAUUUGGCUCCAUUGGAAACAACCCUGCAAUGGAUGGCUUCAUCACAUUCUUCGCCGCUCUCAUCCUCUUCCAAAACAUGGUUCCUAUCGCACUCUAUAUCACACUUGAAAUUAUCAAGACCUUGCAGGCAUUCUUCAUCUACAGCGACACUCAGAUGUACUACGAUAAGCUCGAUUAUCCGUGCACCCCUAAGUCAUGGAAUAUAUCGGAUGAUCUCGGCCAAAUCGAGUACAUCUUUUCCGACAAGACUGGGACCUUGACUCAGAACGUGAUGGAAUUCAAGAAGGCUACCAUCAACGGGGUUCCUUACGGCGAAGCGUAUACCGAAGCGCAAGCAGGCAUGCAAAAGCGGCUAGGGAUGGAUGUUGAGACAGAAGGCGCCAGAGCACGCGAAGAAAUUGCCCGGGCCCGUACAAAGAUGCUGGCUGGUCUCCGAACGCUGCAUGACAACCCAUAUCUUCAUGAUGAGGACAUAACCUUCAUUGCCCCUGACUUUGUUGCUGACAUGGCGGGAGAAUCGACCCCAGAGCAGCAGCAGGCUAACGAACAAUUCAUGUUGGCUCUCGCACUAUGUCAUACCGUCAUAUCGGAAACCGUUCCUGGCGACCCCCCUCGGAUUGAAUUCAAAGCCCAGUCUCCUGAUGAAGCCGCGUUGGUUGCUACUGCUAGAGAUGUUGGCUACACUGUCCUCGGAAACUCAGAAGACGGAAUCCAUUUAAAUGUUCAAGGACAAGAUAGGCAUUACAAGGUCCUGAAUACUCUUGAAUUCAAUUCAACUAGAAAACGAAUGAGCGCCAUUAUCAGGAUGCCAGAUAACAAGAUCAUUCUUUUCUGCAAAGGCGCUGAUAGUAUUAUCUACUCGCGACUGAUACCCGGGCAGCAACAAGAGCUCCGCCAGACCACCGCCGAACACUUGGAGAUGUUUGCAAGGGAGGGGCUGCGGACUCUUUGUAUUGCUCAGAGGGAGCUUGGCGAAGAGGAAUAUCAGAAGUGGAACAAAGAGCACGAAAUCGCAGCAGCAGCUAUCUCAGACCGAGAGGAGAAGCUGGAGGCUCUGUCCGACUUGAUCGAGCAAAAUUUGAGCUUGCUAGGAGGUACCGCUAUCGAGGAUCGAUUGCAAGAGGGUGUCCCAGAUACCAUUGCCCUCCUUGCGCAAGCAGGAAUUAAGCUGUGGGUAUUGACAGGUGACAAGGUGGAGACGGCAAUUAAUAUUGGCUUCUCUUGCAAUCUCCUCAACAACGAUAUGGAGCUCAUCGUGUUCAAGAUUGACGAUGAGCAAUUAGCUACAGCUGAGGCUGAGCUGGACAAGCAUCUUGCAUCGUUCAACAUCACUGGAUCGGACGCAGAGCUCAAAGCUGCCAAGAAAAACCACCAAGCCCCUGAUCCAACCCAUGCCAUCGUUAUCGAUGGCGAUUCCCUCAAGCUCGUUCUUGACCCGAAGUUGCGGCAAAGAUUCUUGCUAUUAUGCAAGCAAUGCACGUCGGUUCUCUGUUGUCGUGUCAGUCCCGCUCAAAAAGCAUCCGUUGUCCAGAUGGUUAAGAGCGGCCUUGAUGUGAUGACUUUGUCCAUCGGAGAUGGAGCUAAUGAUGUUGCCAUGAUCCAAGAGGCGGAUAUAGGAGUUGGCAUAGCUGGAGAGGAAGGACGUCAAGCGGUCAUGUCAGCAGACUACGCCAUUGGGCAGUUUCGAUUUUUGCAGAGACUUGUGCUCGUUCACGGAAGGUGGUCGUACCGCAGAAUCGGAGAGACCAUUGCAAAUUUCUUUUACAAGAACGUUAUCUGGACGUUUACGAUUUUCUGGUACCAGAUAUUUUGCAAUUUCGACAUGACCUAUCUUUACGACUAUAGCUACAUCGUGUUGUUCAACGUGGCUUUCACCUCCCUGCCUGUAAUUUUCAUGGGUGUUCUCGACCAGGACGUCAGCGACAAGGUCUCCCUCGCUGUUCCACAACUCUACCGGCGUGGUAUUGAGCGCAAGGAGUGGACACAACCUAAAUUCUGGCUCUAUAUGCUCGAUGGACUCUACCAAUCAGUAAUCUGCUUCUUCGUAGCAUGGCUUGUCUUCCGUGUUGCCAGUCCCGUUACCUAUAAUGGUUUAAAUGUCGAUAGUCGCGAACGUUUCGGCAUCUACAUUGCACCUGCGACGGUUAUAGCGAUCAACCUUUACAUCCUGCUCAAUACAUACAGAUGGGAUUGGCUUAUGGUCCUCCUAGUUGUCAUAAGUAUACUCCUUGUUUGGUUCUGGACCGGCGUCUAUUCAUCAUUCACCGCUUCGGCAUUCCUUUACAAAGCAGCCGCUGAAUGUUUUGCUCAGCCAUCUUUCUGGGCGGUGACUUGCAUUUCCGUCAUUCUCGCACUUCUUCCCCGGUUCUGCAUCAAAUUUAUUCAAAAAGUAUACUUUCCCUACGACACCGAUAUUAUUCGGGAACAGGUCCGACAAGGCCGUUUCGAUUACCUUGAUAAGCCUGCAGCCUCCGAUGAUACGGCAUCUAAGGAGUCUUCUACAACUUCCUCCGAUACCCCCCAACCGAGUAAGCAUGCCUACUAUCCGAGCAUUGAUGAAGACCAACGACCCAUUUACCCUCCUUCAGUUGCACCAACUGCCGCUACCCACAACGGCCGAAGCCAGACGGGCAGCGACGGCACGGAAUUCACACGCCAUCGACAAUCCCUCGAUCAAUUCAACUUCAAUCCCCAGAACGACAUACCUAACCCAACCAUCGAAAGAGCUAGGCCGUCUUUCGAUAGGAUACGUGCCUCGAUGGAUCGUGUUCGGCCAUCGUUCGAGGCCAGUAAUGAUUUUACCUCGGCAGCCUUAUUGACUCGAUUAGAGUCAAGUCGCUCUCAUUCACUUGGUCCAUCAAGAAGUCGGAGGAAUGACUCGACAACCGAUGUUCAAUAA